AUGAUGUCUUGCGCAGCAGCACUUGUAUUUGGAGUGUUCAAGAAAGCCAACUCGGACGUCACCGCAGCAGAGGUCAGAGACAUCAUCAAGGCCACUGUUCAGCCUCUCGCAGCGGCAGAGCAGACUACUCAGUGGGGCGGUGCUCUCGAUGCCGAAGCCGCCGUCUUGAUGGCGCGGAUGGGGGGAAUGUGGAUGCAAAUGAAGUGUACGGAUAUGAUCGUUGAUUUGGAGUCGAAGGAGGAGUAUGCAUCGUCGCUUUACUUGCGGGGUUAUGCUCUAGGCACCUACAGGUAG